AUGAAUUCUUUCUUAGCAAUCUCGUGUUUUUUUAUUUGUUUUACAACAACUAUUGCAUUUCCGAAAAAUGGCACGAAACUUUGGUCCCACACAUUUAAAUUAGGCGAAAAAACGUAUUUUGUAGAUUUGAACGAAGUAAGUUUCGACGAUGCAGUUAUUUUCUGCAAGGACAAUAAUCUACAAUUGGUAGCUAUAGAAAAUGAGAUUGAAAAUACCAAUCUAUACAAUCAUUUGGACAGUCUGGGUAUUAUUAAUUCUGGAUUAUGGACAUCAGGAACAAAAUUAGCAUUUUCAGAAGAGUGGGUAUGGUUGACCUCAGGGGAGGUUAUUACGUUCACCGAUUGGAAUUUUGAACCAACUUACAAAAAUAAUAACGAGUAUUGUUUAGCCGUCGUUCCUUCCAUACACGAUCCUUCUCAUUUUUGGAUUAAUGAUAAUUGUGAAGUAUUAGCCUUCCCUAUUUGUCAAAGUGUCUCUUCAAAUUAAACCGAAAAAAUAUUUUUGGCUAACCUAUAGAAAAGAAUGAAAUAAAUAAUUAAAUAGUUACCAGUUUUUUAUUUUCAUGUUAGAAAUCUGUACCACCCGUGAAUAAGUCGGUAAGUCAAAAAUUAAAUUUUUUCAGUAUGGCCAU